GAUCAAAGUUUGGUUGAUAAUCGCCAUUACGGAUUUCAAAUAAUUGACUCAAGUAUGACGAUUUGCUUCUCAAUUGUAGUCAGUAUUUUCCGUUACAGUUCGGUCGUUUACGGAAGAUAAGAACCUCACAUUAAGCGAGAAAGUAUGGCCGCACAAAUAAGAAUCUCGAUCUUGUUUUGCGCUGUAUGUGUGCUGCAGACGUACGGACAGUUAGACACAUCGGUGUGUACCGGCUUCGAUCCUUCCCCAAACGAUCCCGCGUUUCCAACACUGCCAAACAGUUUUGAAGUGCAUGAAGAGGUCAAUAUUAAAAAUAGACAAUUUACGUCGGACUAUCACAUGUGGUACGAUUACAACAACAGUAUCGUAGCCAUGCAUAUGGAAAGUGCCGGUGUUCGAACUGCCGUCAUUUACAACUUCAAUACCAGGCAGUCCAUAACGACGGAUAGGGACACGCACUUAUGUACCGUACGCCCCCUAGAUAUUAACAUUCCACAGUUUAGAAUAUUUGGAACAAUGGUUAACGGUGUCCCAACACUCCUGAACCCAAACCAAAUGCUUCGGUUCCACGAUGGAGCUGUGCGGAAUAAAUAUAUUAACCAGACAAGUAUUCGAGGCAUAUUAUGCGACUGGUGGAGCUCGUGUUACUAUGACGAUUCGUUGAAGAGAACUAUGAGAGUGGAUUGGUACUAUUCUGCCGCUAGUUGGACGACUUCAACACUCAACCAGGGGGUUCCGGUGAGGGCGUUUGUCGUAGGCAAAGUCAACAUAACACCCGGGAAACCGCGAAGCUUCAACCACAUGUACGAAUUCUCAGACUUCAAAAUUAGUUUAAACAACGGAGGUCGCAAUCUUUUAAUGACCCCGGUGCAUGCGUACUGUGGAGGACAAAAAAGUUUCAAGCCUUUGCCCAACCCGACGUCAGCGUUCCAUUUCACUGCUGAGAUCGUGAACCCUUACACUAACACUAUUGAUGGAAUAACGGAACAUUUCAACGACGAGCUGCAACUUGGAAGAUACGAUUAUAUUUCCACUACCGCCCUACCAUACGGCUUAUCGUCCCCGUUGACGGAAAUCCAUGAUUUUUCCACAGGUGUAGCGUACAUCACAGAUAGAAAGCGUGGUAACUGCACAGCCGUGCCUAUUGAAUCGUUGAUGUUUGACGUCAAAAACGUCGACGGUUCGCACGUCAGGAUCCGAACGUCAAAAGAAUUCUUCUACUUCGAUAACACGACAUACAUUUACGAGGGACAGCGAGUAAUACGGGACGUACUUUGCGAUGUUUGGAUCGCCCAGAGAACCGAUUGGCCCCUACCCGGUGCUGGCAUCAACUCCACAUGGGAAUGGGCCUUUGCGACGCCGCAGUACUCGGAAAACCUCGCCAAUCAGUUACAGUUCGCCAAUCCUAUCCAGCUUUAUAUUGACGGAGGACCCAACAGCGGAAUUCAGUUCUUCUACAACAUUUAUGACUACGAUGAAAGACGACCAAGCAUUUGGUCUUACGACAUUUCAACCUGUUACAACUACAAGUCAAGACAAGAUUUCAGCUAUUUGAUUGGGGGAAACUACGACACCCUUGUGGCCGGAAACUUGGAGAACUUCCGGUAUGCCAAUCUGCGCGCCCUUGUCAAGGCCGGAACUGUCAAUGGACUGACGCUUUCUUCGCUUCGAAUAUACAAUAUUCAGGCCGACAAAAACACGGGCACAUCGAUCUCCGUAACCUUCACAUUGCUUGAUAAAGCCCCGAAUGUCGGUGAUGUUACCAAGCCUGUUCAAGAGAAUGACCUCUCAACCGUUGCUAACGCCAUCAGCAAUACCAUCAACAGUGGACAGAUGAUUGUUACAAUGAAGGACCCAUCGACGAAUCAACCGGUCACUUUGACUGCCCAGAUGAACAAAUUGGUCCAAACGCAGAAAGUGACCAAAGUCCUGUACUAUCGGAACAAUGUGGUGACCGGACCGAAGACGUCCUCGGGAUCGUCCGGAGGUGCAAUGGCCGGUAUGGGCGUGGCUUUGCUGGUGGUGUUUUUCAUUGGUGGAGUCCUCGUGAUGUACUUCUUCUACCGGAAACAGGGUGGCGCAUUCGGUCCAAAGAAAUUUGACAAUCAGGAUAUCACGGAGAGUUCCGAUUAAAAAUUUCAUUACUUAUUGAACGAUUUGAAGCUUUUUAGAUUGAAAUUAAUAUAUUUAUAGAUCGAAGCGAAAUUAUUUUAGAUAGGCUAAAAGUGUAUGUGUUUAUAUAUAUAUUAUAACAAGGAGCUAUGCUUCCCCUAUUUGCUUUGAAUAUUUCGAAAGGGUCGAAUAUAUCUAAUUGAAACAAGGUCUAACUGAUUGUUAACAUAGAUAAUCGAUACCAGGACAUUGAAAUAUAUUUUCUGAAACGUGUUGAGGAUUUAAAGUUUUAUAUAAAAAGAACAGGGCCUAUGAACCGUGUAAAUUCAAGUGUUGAAACCAAGUGUGAACGUAAAAAACUUAUAAUUUAAAUGUUGUUAAGAAAUUUUCCGUAUUUCUAAAUAUAAAUUCUACAGUUGCUUUACAGUUGCACAAUAGCUUGUGAGGCUUCUGAAGUACAUAGAGUAAGUGCACUGCAGUCGUGCCAAAUGCAUACUUAUGUAAACAGUCCAAUUUCAUCAAGCGCUUUCAAAAAUGCGAAUAAUGAAAUGCAUUUCUUAUUAACGAACGAGUUUCCGAUACAAUACAUGUGUUUUCAUUACUACUGGCGCCCUUUUAAUAUGAUGAUGGAAGAGACGAACAAGAGGAAGGAGAAAUAGCAGAAGUCGCGGCUUAAAGUGUUGCUGUUUGGUAGGUCUUCUUAAUCUGUUGUGCUGACAUUACACGAUGAUACAUUAUUUGAAACUGCUCCUCUUACUUAAACAGCGAUUAAUCUUUAUGACAAAUAGAAGAUUGACCAAUUAUUAAAUCGUAAAUAUUCGUUUAUUGUCGGAUGGAAGGACAACUUCGACGUACGUUUACGGAUUAACACGAUGUAUAAGAAGAUAUGUUAUCUACUGUUCGAGUUUAACGUUUAAUUGUAAUUUGAUCUUAUCACUGUUUGUAAUGGUUUUAGUAAAAUUUCAUAGAUGGUAUGUACAUCUAUGUGGACAUGACUCCAAAGUACGUAGUAUCGGUCAAUAUUUAUAAUCCAUGUACAUGUAUUCAUAUCAGCAAAAAAGGAAGAAUUUGAUAAUAAAUCUACAAGUAUU